AAGGCACUCCCAUAGCCCAGCAGCUAGUCCUCCUCUGGGUUAAUCGGGUUGAUCUGGUUCCUUUCUAGCCCAUGAAAUUGGGCCAACUCAUGAGCGGCCAAGGAAUUUGGCUUUCGAAUCGUUCGUAUCGUUGGCGCCAGCUGGUCUGCCCUAAACACUAACCCGACCAAUGGUGGGCUUCGUUCUUCGCCGCAGGGGGCUCAGCCUCGUAUUCAGGGUCAAGUAGCGUCGAUUCGCAACAUGGGAAGGGUUUUUUAAAGUUGCAACGACUCCACGAUGGACUAGUCGGAAUAAGCGCUGUUGUUGCUGAGAUUUUCCUCUUCCUGUCUUUCUUGUUUGCCCUCAUCUCGCGACUCGCGAUUUUCAACAAAAAAAUCAUUGCGCGCACCGACUAGCUAGUCUCUAGAACGGCUAGACAAAUCUGAACGGGCAUAAGGAAAUAUCCAUCUGAUCUGCGACUCUCUCCAGAUUGAUCUAUCCUCACCCUCCCCUGAAUCAGUAUGGCCCCGCGACGCAGCUCGGGCGGAAGCUCGAGUAGCUAUAGCAGCUACUAUAACAACCCGUGGUCGGAAGAGACCGAGUUCUCCUUGCGCCUGCUGAGAUCCAAAAGUCUCUUCAUCGCAGGCUUUGCAUUUGACGUGCUCACCAUUCUCGCCCUGAUCGGCUUCCUCGUCUGGGCCUGCCUAGUUCACAAUGGAAGAGGCCAACUGAAGGGCGUUUUUCCUGCUCUGCUCGCAUACUUGGCAUCAAUGCUCACAAUUCUGGUUUAUGAGAUCUUUUUCUUCGCAAAUGCCACGGUUCAAAUGUACUAUCUCAUCGACCUGAUGUUGAACGAAUUCUUCUUCAUGGUUGCUGGCUGUCUCAUCUUCUUCGUCUUCUACCACCUCAUCCACAGCGCUCUGGAUCGCCUGACCGAUGCAGGCAAGCCAUACGCUAUCGUGGCAAUCAUUCACUGGGUCAUUCUUGGUCUGGUGUCCGUUGUCUCACUCGCGACUUUCGGUUUGUACGUGGGUUAUCAGGUGCAGAACGUGCAGAACUACUACUAUUCGAAGCUCGCGAAGCCGUACAACAACCUGGAAGCUGCGCGUGCUAUCAUCUGGUGGCUUCUCUCGCUGGAGAUCGUUGCUUGGUUCAUUUUCAUCGUUGUAAAGGCAUCGCAUCGAUUUGCUUCCAAGCUCCCCAUUUUCUCCCUUCUCGGCGGUAGCAUCGCCUGGAUGGCCCUCAAUCUGGCAUUCGCCGUCAUCUACAUUCGCUACUCCCUCGAAGGCUUUAUCCCGCCCAACUACCUUUCCUGCGUCCAAUCCGUCCUCCAAUUCUUCUUCAUCGUGGGCACCUUUGUCGGAAUCCUGCUUGCCUGCAUGAAAUGGCGCAGUGUCGAUGAUCGCGAAGACAAGAAUAUGGCGGCGCAGUAUCCCUACGGCGCGGGCCAGUAUCAGAGCUACCAGGCCUACCAGCAACAAAACCAGGCCCAGAUGCAGCAGCAGUACCCGCAACAGUAUUACCAGCAGCCAUAUCCGCAGCCAUAUCCGCAGCCUGCUCAGCAGGCUUAUCAACAGCCCGUGGCUCAUCAAGCCCCCAAGCCUGAGCAGGUGCGAUCGGAGAACUAAAUUCUCUGGUGUGGGGUGCAAAAGAUUUGGGUGCUUUUGAGACUCGAGUCUUUUUCGAAGUUAACCUUUGAUUCUAUGAUCAUGGUUCUAGUAAUGGGGCCGGCAAAUGUCGCCAGCUGUGAUGGAUACCCUCCCUUUUUUUUUUUCCUUUUUUUUGAUUGCGAAUGAUGUUUACGAGCUGCUAGGCUGUACAAUUUGCCCUGCACGAAAUACCCUAUUUUUUGAUGCCAAUACCCAAUUUAUAUAAUUCAGAUUUUCUUGAUCAUAGAUGGUUGUUGC